GCAUCUUUUAUAUGGCAGCAUUUGAAUUUCGACAGCUUUAAGAACACUGGCAACAUUUGCCCCAGCCUUAUAAUAUGGCCGCUACAGGCAACAAGAAAUCAAAGAAGUCGAAAUGGAUCCCAGUGAGCAUCACAGAUAUUAUUGCGGAACCUACUACUAUUCCGACCACAAACAACUGGGCGGACUCUGUAGAUGAUGAACCCACGGAGAGCUAUGGGUACGCGUCGCGCUCGCGCGCGCCUGUGGUGCUGCCGUCGGCGUCGCGCGCGGCGCGCGGCGGGCUGGCCGUGGACGACGACUCCAUCCCGCGCCGCCCGCCCUUCAUCGCGCACAUCUCCAACCUGCCCUACGAUGUGGACGAGAGCGCCAUUUCCGACCUCUUUGAGGGACUCAAGAUUAUUAACUUGAGGCUGCCACGAGAAGGCGACCGCCUCAAAGGAUUUGGAUAUGUUGACUUUGAAGACAGAGAGAGCCUUAUCAAUGCCAUGAACAUGCCUGAUCUUAGUGUCGGCGGACGACGGAUUAGGAUCGAGGUAUCGACCGAGAACAAUGACCGCCGCAUGGGCCGAGGGGGCCGCUCCGACCGGGACAGAGACUACGACCCGGAGCGCACGAUGGGCGACUGGCGCUCGGGGCCGCGCGCCGCGCCCGAGCCCGCGGCGCGCGCGCGCGACGCGCCCCGCGACCGCGACAUCACCCGCGACCGCGACAUCACGCGCGACCGCGACAUCACCCGGGACCGCGAACGUGACGAAUCCGCGGCCGACAUGCGGCCGGGCGCGUGGCGCGACGGGGAGCGGCCGGCGCCCGAGCCGGCGCGCGCGCCCUACGGCGGCCGCGACUCCUUCGGCCGCGACCGCGACCGCUACGGCGACGACCGCGGUCGCGAGCGCGGCUUCGGGCGCGACGGGGAGCGCGAGCGCGGCGGCUACGGCGGCCGCGACGGCUUCCGCACCGCCGAGCGCGACGCGCAGGGCUUCGGGUAUGUUGUGUGUGCUCUGUGCAGCGGUCGCGAGCGCGGCUUCGGGCGCGACGGGGAGCGCGAGCGCGGCGGCUACGGCGGCCGCGACGGCUUCCGCACCGCCGAGCGCGACGCGCAGGGCUUCGGGUAUGUUGUGUGUGCUCUGUGCAGCGGUCGCGAGCGCGGCUUCGGGCGCGACGGGGAGCGCGAGCGCGGCGGCUACGGCGGCCGCGACGGCUUCCGCACCGCCGAGCGCGACGCGCAGGGCUUCGGGUAUGUUGUGUGUGCUCUGUGCAGCGGUCGCGAGCGCGGCUUCGGGCGCGACGGGGAGCGCGAGCGCGGCGGCUACGGCGGCCGCGACGGCUUCCGCACCGCCGAGCGCGACGCGCAGGGCUUCGGGUAUGUUGUGUGUGCUCUGUGCAGCGGUCGCGAGCGCGGCUUCGGGCGCGACGGGGAGCGCGAGCGCGGCGGCUACGGCGGCCGCGACGGCUUCCGCACCGCCGAGCGCGACGCGCAGGGCUUCGGGUAUGUUGUGUGUGCUCUGUGCAGCGGUCGCGAGCGCGGCUUCGGGCGCGACGGGGAGCGCGAGCGCGGCGGCUACGGCGGCCGCGACGGCUUCCGCACCGCCGAGCGCGACGCGCAGGGCUUCGGGUAUGUUGUGUGUGCUCUGUGCAGCGGUCGCGAGCGCGGCUUCGGGCGCGACGGGGAGCGCGAGCGCGGCGGCUACGGCGGCCGCGACGGCUUCCGCACCGCCGAGCGCGACGCGCAGGGCUUCGGGUAUGUUGUGUGUGCUCUGUGCAGCGGUCGCGAGCGCGGCUUCGGGCGCGACGGGGAGCGCGAGCGCGGCGGCUACGGCGGCCGCGACGGCUUCCGCACCGCCGAGCGCGACGCGCAGGGCUUCGGGUAUGUUGUGUGUGCUCUGUGCAGCGGUCGCGAGCGCGGCUUCGGGCGCGACGGGGAGCGCGAGCGCGGCGGCUACGGCGGCCGCGACGGCUUCCGCACCGCCGAGCGCGACGCGCAGGGCUUCGGGUAUGUUGUGUGUGCUCUGUGCAGCGGUCGCGAGCGCGGCUUCGGGCGCGACGGGGAGCGCGAGCGCGGCGGCUACGGCGGCCGCGACGGCUUCCGCACCGCCGAGCGCGACGCGCAGGGCUUCGGGUAUGUUGUGUGUGCUCUGUGCAGCGGUCGCGAGCGCGGCUUCGGGCGCGACGGGGAGCGCGAGCGCGGCGGCUACGGCGGCCGCGACGGCUUCCGCACCGCCGAGCGCGACGCGCAGGGCUUCGGGUAUGUUGUGUGUGCUCUGUGCAGCGGUCGCGAGCGCGGCUUCGGGCGCGACGGGGAGCGCGAGCGCGGCGGCUACGGCGGCCGCGACGGCUUCCGCACCGCCGAGCGCGACGCGCAGGGCUUCGGGAACCGCGAAGGCAGAGGAUUCGGAGGCCGAGGUUUCGGUGACAGGGAUCGCGAUCCACCUCCACCCAGGGAUGACAAGCCCCGCGAGCGGCCGAAGCUGAACCUGCUGCCGCGCACGGUGCCGCGGGCGGCCGAGCCAGGCGCCGCGCCGGCCGAGCCGGGCGCCAAGCCGGCCGAGCCCGGCGCCAAGCCGGCCGAGUCGGGCGCCACGCCGGCCGGCGCCGGCGAGCGCGACAAGCCGGCGCCCAAGCCCGUGUCCGCCGAGAAGGUGUUCGGCGCCGCCAAGCCCGUCGACACCGCCGCCAAGGAAAGGGAAAUAGAAGAACGUCUCCGUAAACAAGAAGAGGAGGCACGAAAAGGAACUGAAGAAAAGGAACGCUGGGGGCGCAGGAAUGACCAUUCCGGAGAACGUCGUGGUGGUGCUAGACGUGACGACCGCGGCAGAGACUCGCACAGCUACAACCGAGACCGACGCGACAGGGACGACAACGAUCGGCGCGACUACAGGGACGACCGGGACCGACGCGACUACUCGGGCAACCGCGACCGGCGCGACUACUCGAGGGACGACGGGGCCAGGCGCGACCCCAAAGACGACAGAGACAGACGCGACCCCAAGGACGACAGAGACAGACGCGACUACUCCAAAGACGAUCGCGACAGGCGCGACUACUCCAGAGACGACAGAGACCGACGCGACUACUCUCGAGAGGACCGGGAGCGCCGCCCGCCGUCCCGGGAGCGCCGGCCGGCCUCCCGGGAGCGCCGCGACGACAGGGACGGGCGGGACUACCCGCGGGACUCGCGGGACGCCGAGUCGCGGGACCGCGAGCCCCGGGACCGCCAGCCCCGGGACCGCGAGCCCUCCCCGCGCGACGAGCGCAACGGCCGCCGCGCGCCCCGGGACCUCACCCCCGACCAGAAGCUGCCCAAGAUGAAGGAGCAGGAGAAACCUAACUUUGUAGCGUCGAAUAAAUUUAGUUUCCUGGAGGACGCGGACGACGGCGCGUCCGAGUAGCGCCGCGACUACCGUGUAAAGUGUAAAUUGAUCAAGUGUUAAGACUUGCGCCACUGAGACUCAGUCGCGCCGUGUAACAGAACUACAGUGCGGUGUGGAAUAUACGUCAGGAAGGUUGCUACAUGCUCCCGCUGCUCCGAGCCCGGCCCCAGCCCUCACUGGCCCCUAGAAGGCUGUGACUUCUACUUUUGUAAUAUUCAGCUUGUCUCCAUUCCGGUUGUGGGUACUCGUGUACAUAUUAGGGGCUUCGACGUCGCUUUCCUUGUAAAGGAGGCCGCAGUGUGGGCUGGGGCUCAAUUGGUGACCAUGUACUGAUUUGAUGUAAAUUUUUCUAUGGGUUUGCUACGUAAUAGUGAUGUACGUACGGUCGAAAAGGCAACGGCGAGCUUUCCCGCGAAGUUUAGCAACAGGUUUUGUGUUUAUGAUUUGAUACAGGUGCUGCUCUCCGAUAUUUUGUGAAUAUUGUUUUGUAAUUUCAUUUACUUUGUUGAAAUAUCAAAGCUUUUUUUGAGUACUGCGACGCAAUACAUCGUGAUUGCCACCAAGGGAAUCUUAUUUCAUUAUUUUAGAAUAUUCCUUUAUGUUAAAUAUGUAGUCGAUUUAGAUUAUUAAAAUGUUAAUUGUAUUAUUUAUCUUUACAAACAGUUAUGGUUCCAUAAUCAAUUGCCAUGGUAAUGCAACAAUUACUUGCAAGUAUGCAUUUUGUUGUGUGGCCUGCCCCAUUGAGUUUUGUCAAUGAGGAAAUUCAGUGUACCUACAGACGGUUAGGACCUUGUCACAAGGAUAUUUUUAUUGGUAAACACAUGUCCAACGACGUGAAAAUUGUUUUAAUAUGUAUUAAUUUCUCAAGUUUAUUUCAUAUACUUUGUUCUAAUUGUGAAUUAUAAAUAAAAUUACUCUUUUUACAACCAAAUAA